AUGAAGCCCGAGUCCUUGAGCCAGCCUAAUCAUGACCAGCCUCCGAUCGUCCUGGACGACCAUGAGAACCCGCGGCAGUGGCCUGCCACGAAGAAGUGGAUCUGCACUCUGAUUGUGGCCUCCAUGACUGCUACAGUGGCCUUCUGCUCGAGUAUCUACACUGCGGCCAUCGACAAUAUCAAAGAUGACUUCGGCUGCUCCGACACGGUGGGCACUCUCGGGGUCACCACAUUCCUCCUGGGCUUCGGCUCUGGCUCUCUCUUGUUUGCUCCCCUUUCGGAGCUUUGGGGCCGCCAGCCAAUUUACAGACUGACAAUGGGCUUGUUCUGCAUCUUCCAGAUCGCCUGCGCAGUAUCGCCCAACAUUGCAGCUCUGAUUGUAUUCCGCUUCUUCGCCGGCUUCUUUGGAUCCCCGACAGUCACCAACUCAGGCGGAUCCAUCACCGAUAUCUGGCCGCAGAGCCACCGCUCCGUGCCCAUGGCCUUCUUCUCCGCGGGCAGUUUCCUGGGCCCUGUUACAGCCCCGAUCAUGGGCGGCUUCAUCUCGCAAUACACCUCCUGGCGAUGGAACUUCUGGGUCGUCCUCAUCAUCAGCGGCGUCGUCUACGCAGCAGUGAUCUUCUUCCUCCCCGAGACAUACUCUGCAUAUCUCCUACACCAAAAAGCCCGCAAACUCGGCCGCGCAGACGAAGUCGCCCCCAACCACAGCCCCAAGGAACAGCUUCGCAAUAGCCUAAUCCGUCCGUGGCUCAUGCUCUGCACAGAACCAAUCCUCUUCCUCCUCUCCCUCUACAUGGCCCUCAUCUACGGAAUCCUCUACCUCGACUUCACAGCCUACCCAAUCGUCUACAAGCAAUCCCGCAACUGGUCCGGCGGGAUAGCAGGCCUCUCCUUCCUCGGCAUCGGCGUCGGCAUGGCCCUCGCCACAAUCGGCUCGCCAUACAUCAACGUCAUCCACACCCGCUUCGUCGCCCGUCUCGGAGGACCACAGCCAGAAGCACGCCUCCCGCACCUCAUCCCCCUCGCCUGGCUCAUCCCCGCCAGCCUCUUCUGGUUCGGCUGGUCCGCUGAACCCCCAACCCACUGGAUUUGCGGUAUCAUCGCCGGUGCUCCGUUCGGGUUUACACUUAUCGUCUUGUUCCUAGGAAUCAUGGCGUAUCUGACGGACUGCUACGGCCCGUUCGGGGCGAGUGCGCUGGCGGCGAAUAACGUGCUGCGUUCGAUCUUCGGCGCGGUCUUUCCGCUGUUUGCGGGGGAGAUGUAUGGAGGGCUGGGGGUGGCUUGGGCGACGAGUGUACUGGCGUUUGUGGCGCUGGCGUUGACGCCGUUGCCGUGGGUGUUUUAUCGGUUUGGGCCGAGGAUCAGAGGGAGGAGUCGCUAUCAUCAGAAGAUUAAGGAUAUGGUGGAGUAA